GCUUCAGCGGCGGCUGCCUCAGCUCCUCAGAGCGCCGGCGGCGGCCUCGGCGGAGUCGGUGUCGGCGGCCGGGGCUGAGCUGUGAGUUUCCGAUCGAGAACAGCGUUGGGGAAGAUGGCGGCGAGCGGAUCAAAAGAUUUGCUGAGCAGUGGACUCCGAGAUCGGUAAAACAAAGCUCCUCCCCGCCCGUCCUGACCAGACUGUCAGUUGCUGAUCUGUGAUCAGGAUGAGUGGACUAGGCGAAAGCUCUUUGGAUCCGCUGGCCGCUGAGUCUCGGAAACGCAAACUGCCCUGCGAUGCCCCAGGACAGGGGCUUGUCUACAGUGGUGAGAAGUGGCGACGGGAGCAGGAGAGCAAGUACAUAGAGGAGCUGGCAGAGCUCAUCUCUGCAAAUCUCAGCGACAUUGACAACUUCAAUGUCAAGCCAGAUAAAUGUGCCAUCCUAAAGGAGACAGUGAGACAGAUACGGCAAAUAAAAGAACAAGGAAAAACUAUUUCCAGUGAUGAUGAUGUUCAAAAAGCUGAUGUGUCUUCUACAGGGCAGGGAGUCAUUGAUAAAGACUCUUUAGGACCGCUUUUACUACAGGCACUGGAUGGUUUCCUGUUUGUGGUGAAUCGAGAUGGAAACAUUGUAUUUGUGUCAGAAAAUGUCACACAGUAUCUGCAGUACAAGCAGGAGGACCUGGUUAACACAAGUGUCUACAGCAUCUUACAUGAGCAAGACCGGAAGGAUUUCCUUAAACACUUACCAAAAUCUACAGUUAAUGGAGUUUCUUGGACUAAUGAGAACCAGAGACAAAAAAGCCAUACGUUUAAUUGUCGUAUGUUGAUGAAAACACACGACAUUUUGGAAGACGUGAAUGCCAGUCCCGAAACACGCCAGAGAUAUGAAACAAUGCAGUGCUUUGCCCUGUCUCAGCCUCGCGCUAUGCUGGAAGAAGGAGAAGACUUGCAGUGCUGUAUGAUCUGCGUGGCUCGCCGCGUGACUGCGCCAUUCCCAUCCAGUCCUGAGAGCUUUAUUACCAGACAUGACCUUUCCGGAAAGGUUGUCAAUAUAGAUACAAACUCACUUAGAUCUUCCAUGAGGCCUGGCUUUGAAGACACAAUCCGAAGAUGUAUCCAGAGGUUCUUCAGUCUGAAUGAUGGGCAGUCAUGGUCCCAGAAGCGUCACUAUCAAGAAGCUUACGUUCAUGGCCAUGCAGAGACCCCUGUGUAUCGUUUCUCCUUGGCUGAUGGAACUAUUGUGAGUGCGCAGACAAAAAGCAAACUCUUCCGCAAUCCUGUAACGAAUGAUCGUCACGGCUUCGUCUCGACCCACUUUCUUCAGAGAGAACAGAAUGGAUACAGACCAAACCCAAAUCCCGUAGGACAAGGCAUCCGACCUCCUACAGCAGGGUGUGGCGUGAGCAUGUCUCCAAAUCAGAAUGUACAGAUGAUGGGCAGCCGGACCUAUGGGGUGCCAGACCCUAGCAACACAGGGCAGAUGGGUGGAGCUAGGUACGGGGCUUCUAGUAGCGUAGCCUCACUGACGCCAGGACAAAGCCUACAGUCGCCAUCUUCCUAUCAGAACAGCAGCUAUGGGCUCAGCAUGAGCAGCCCCCCCCAUGGCAGUCCCGGUCUCGGCCCCAACCAGCAGAACAUCAUGAUUUCUCCGCGGAAUCGUGGGAGCCCAAAGAUGGCCUCCCACCAGUUCUCUCCUGCUGCAGGUGCACACUCACCCAUGGGACCUUCCGGCAACACAGGGAGCCACAGCUUUUCCAGCAGCUCCCUCAGUGCCUUGCAAGCCAUCAGUGAAGGCGUGGGGACCUCUCUUUUAUCUACUCUGUCCUCACCAGGCCCCAAACUGGAUAAUUCUCCCAAUAUGAAUAUAAGCCAGCCAAGUAAAGUGAGUGGUCAGGACUCUAAGAGCCCCCUAGGCUUAUACUGUGAACAGAACCCAGUGGAGAGUUCGGUGUGUCAGUCAAACAGCAGAGAUCACCCAAGUGACAAAGAAAGCAAGGAGAGCAGUGCGGAGGUGUCAGAGACACCCAGGGGACCCCUAGAAAGCAAAGGCCACAAGAAACUACUGCAGUUACUCACAUGCUCCUCCGACGACCGAGGCCAUUCCUCCUUGACCAACUCUCCCCUGGAUCCAAACUGCAAAGACUCUUCUGUUAGUGUCACCAGCCCCUCUGGAGUGUCCUCCUCAACAUCAGGGACAGUGUCUUCCACCUCCAAUGUGCAUGGGUCUCUGUUGCAAGAGAAACACCGGAUUUUGCACAAGUUGCUGCAGAAUGGCAACUCCCCAGCGGAGGUCGCCAAGAUCACUGCAGAGGCCACUGGGAAGGACACUAGCAGCACUGCUUCCUGUGGAGAGGGGACAACCAGGCAGGAGCAGCUGAGUCCUAAGAAGAAGGAGAAUAAUGCCCUGCUUAGAUACCUGCUGGACAGGGAUGACCCCAGUGAUGUGCUUGCCAAAGAGCUGCAGCCCCAGGCUGACAGUGGGGACAGUAAACUGAGUCAGUGCAGCUGCUCCACCAAUCCCAGCUCCGGCCAAGAGAAAGACCCCAAAAUUAAGACCGAGACGAGCGAGGAGGUAUCGGGAGACCUGGAUAAUCUAGAUGCCAUUCUUGGAGAUUUGACUAGUUCUGACUUCUACAACAAUCCUACAAAUGGCAGUCACCCAGGGGCCAAACAGCAGAUGUUUGCAGGACCAAGUUCUCUGGGUUUGCGAAGUCCACAGCCUGUGCAGUCUGUUCGUCCUCCGUAUAACCGAGCGGCUUCUCUGGAUAGCCCUGUGUCUGUUGGCUCAGGUCCGCCAGUGAAGAAUGUCAGUGCUUUCCCUGGGUUACCAAAACAGCCCAUACUGGCUGGGAAUCCAAGAAUGAUGGAUAGUCAGGAGAAUUAUGGUGCCAAUAUGGGACCAAGCAGAAAUGUUCCUGUGCAUCCGGCUUCCUCCUCCGGAGACUGGGGCUUAGCUAACUCAAGGGCCAGCAGAAUGGAGCCUCUGGCAUCAAGUCCCCUGGGAAGACCUGGAGCAGAUUACAGUGCCGCUUUACCCAGACCUGCCAUGGGGGGCUCUGUGCCUACCUUGCCACUUCGUUCUAAUCGACUGCCAGGCACAAGACCAACGUUGCAGCAACAGCAGCAGCAGCAACAACAACAGCAGCAGCAACAGCAGCAGCAACAGCAGCAGCAGCAGCAGCAGAUGCUUCAAAUGAGAACUGGUGAGAUUCCCAUGGGAAUGGGAGUCAAUCCCUAUAGCCCAGCAGUGCCGUCUAACCAACCAGGUUCCUGGCCAGAGGGCAUGCUAUCUAUGGAACAAGGUCCUCAUGGGUCUCAAAAUAGGCCUCUUCUUAGAAACUCUCUGGAUGAUCUGCUUGGGCCACCUUCUAACGCAGAGGGCCAGAGUGACGAGAGAGCUCUGCUGGACCAGCUGCACACACUCCUGAGCAACACAGAUGCCACAGGUCUGGAGGAGAUCGACAGGGCCUUGGGGAUUCCUGAGCUCGUGAAUCAGGGACAAGCUUUGGAGUCCAAACAGGAUGUUUUCCAAGGCCAAGAAGCAGCAGUGAUGAUGGAUCAGAAGGCUGCAUUAUAUGGACAGACGUACCCAGCUCAGGGUCCUCCCCUUCAAGGAGGCUUUAACCUUCAGGGACAGUCACCAUCGUUUAACUCUAUGAUGGGUCAGAUUAGCCAGCAAGGCAGCUUUCCUCUGCAAGGCAUGCAUCCUAGAGCCGGCCUCGUGAGACCAAGGACCAACACCCCAAAGCAGCUGAGAAUGCAGCUUCAGCAGAGGCUGCAGGGCCAGCAGUUUUUAAAUCAGAGCCGGCAGGCACUUGAAAUGAAAAUGGAGAACCCCGCGGGCACUGCUGUGAUGAGGCCCAUGAUGCCCCAGCAGGCUUUCUUUAAUGCCCAAAUGGCUGCCCAGCAGAAACGAGAGCUGAUGAGCCAUCACCUGCAGCAGCAGAGGAUGGCGAUGAUGAUGUCACAGCCACAGCCUCAGGCCUUCAGCCCACCUCCCAACGUCACCGCCUCCCCCAGCAUGGAUGGGGUUUUGGCAGGUUCAGCAAUGCCGCAAGCCCCUCCACAACAGUUUCCAUAUCCAGCAAAUUACGGAAUGGGACAACCACCAGAGCCAGCCUUUGGUCGAGGCUCGAGUCCUCCCAGUGCAAUGAUGUCAUCAAGAAUGGGGCCUUCCCAGAAUGCCAUGGUGCAGCAUCCUCAGCCCGCACCCAUGUAUCAGCCUUCAGAUAUGAAGGGGUGGCCGACAGGGAGCCUGGCCAGGAACGGCUCCUUCCCCCAGCAGCAGUUUGCUCCCCAGGGGAACCCUGCAGCCUACAACAUGGUGCACAUGAACAGCAGCGGUGGGCACUUGGGACAGAUGGCCAUGACCCCCAUGCCCAUGUCUGGCAUGCCCAUGGGCCCCGAUCAGAAAUACUGCUGACAUCUCCCUAGUGGGACUGACUGUACAGAUGACACUGCACAGGAUCAUCAGGACGUGGCGAGUCAUUGUCUAAGCAUCCGGCUUGGAAGCAAGGCCAGCGUGACCAGCAGCAGGGUCUGUGCUGUCAUUUGAGCAGAACUGGGUCUCGAGCUGAAGCGCACUGUCUACCUGAUGCCCUGCCUCUGUGUGGCAAGGUGCUCUGCCUCUGAGGACGUGAUCUGGAGAUGGGGUGUUCGUAAGCACCGCUCUCUUACGUCACUCCCUUCUGCCUCGCCAGCCAAAGUCUUCACAUAGAUCUAGAUGGCUAGGGUUUCUGUCUUGCAGCACUGGACGAGGGGGCACAGUCUGCCUUCACACGUGUCGUCAGCAAGUAGUUCCGUGUCGCUCUCCUGUCCAGUGCAAUCAGUGUUUCUGCGCUCUUGUCCUUUACAGGUGUAGUCCCCAGAGUCUGUCGUCCUAGGUCUCUCCUGGUGAGGUCCCCGUACCCUGUAAUUCUCAAGGAUUUGUCAUUGAUGUUAAAUGGCUUUGCAGAAGGGAAGAUGAAAUGGCAAUAUUGAAUUUUCCCGCCCCGAUGUGCAGCCAAGUGCACUUUACUGAGGAGUCACGGAGAAAUGCAAUAUUCCCGAGGGCGUGAGGAAUGGUGAACCACAUUCCUGCUUUCUGUCUGCACUAAUCUGUCAGGACAAGAACACGAUUGUCGUUUGUUUGUUUGUUGUUUCUUUCAAGUACUGGCGUCACCCUUUGCCUAUAUGGUGGAGCAAUAAUGCUUUGAAAUAAACUUGUGAAACCCAAGGCCAGGUACUGCACUCUGAGUCAGAAGCGAGCAGUGCUUCUGUGGACACACUUCCUUCCCUUUGUAAAUAGGAUCUUUAAGAUAUUGUAUUAUGUGAAAAUAUGUACAUACCUUUUUUGUAGGCCACAGCAGCUCAUUUUUACAGAGUUUGUGAAGCUAAAUAUUUAACAUUGUUGAUUUCUGUAAGCUCCACUCAGUGAGGUUACAGGCAACGGAGACAUCUGGAAGGCCCAGCCUGGGGCAGGGCAGCCUGCAGCUCCCCUCGUGUUACAGGCCUCACUCUUUAAUCUAAAGGCUUUUUAAAGUGAUCAUUUGUUUAGAUGUAGGCAUUUAAAUUUUUUAAAAAUUUUCUUUACCAGAGAACUACGCACUUUGUUAAUUUGCGGGGAAAGACUAGAUAUGGGGAAAUGAGCUUUAAACGAAAACAGAAAACCACCAAGAGUCUAAAAACAAAACCGAAGCAAAUUGAUUUUAAAAAGAAUGUUUUUUUUAAGCAGUCCAUAAAUUAAAUGGUAAUAAUUUUGGAAAACUGUAGCCCACUCAUCAUUUUAGGAGCAAUGUCUGUUACUAGGACCUGAGCCCCACAUUUAGGUCAGAGGCCCCGGGCCCUUGCUGUGUGUGGUCUGGUGUCUGCCCAGCUCCCCUCUGGUUCAGCUCAUGGGGUCUCUUACUACCUCUCCGCAUCAGGGUGCUGAGCUCAGAACCAGGCCUGCCAGUGCCACUGAGUCAGAGUGACACCUUGGCACAUGCCAGCCCCUCCUGCCACCUCUCUGCCUCCUCUUGGCACCUGUCCUAGUCAGUUUGAAGUAGGGAAACCAAGUGUAAUGCCUUUAUCUGGGUCCUUAGGUUCAAACAGUUAGAUGACAUUAGGUUAGUAAACCAUCUGUAGCUUUGUUUCUCCACCAGCCCUGGUGUCAUUUUCUGAGAUCCAGUCAAUGUUUAAGAGCCACACGUUUAGCCAGUUGUCCUCCACCCCCAAGCCGACCCCCCCGCCCCCCUCCCCAAGGGAGCACCGCUUCAUUCUCUGAGCUCUCUGUGAGUGAAGCUCGAAUUUCCAGAAGCCCCCGUGGAUAGACUUGGCUUCUCAACGUGUUUUGGUCAUGAUCAACUCACUGUCCCCAUUUCCAUUGUGUGCUGCGCUUUGCCGCUGACACCCGACCUGACUGGGCGCGGUGAGCCUGCCUUGCUUAGGUAUAGGCCACAGUGGUGCUCUUCCCUUAACUUGGAAAGACCUUGAUUCUGCCCUCAGCACCCCAGCUCCAGGCCAACUGGUUGGCACCCCCUUUUUAUGUGGGGAGACAAAUGAAGUUUAUUAUGUUUUUAUAUUUUCUACUUACUGAUUUUUAUUGGUGCCAGUUCAAAAUUCGGAUUUCCUUUUAAUAGCCUCUCAGAUAAUUUGUUGUUUUUACCUGAAUUGUCCUUAAAUCUUUUUUGGGUCAUUCUCUUUGUACUCUUCUUGCCUACCUCGCCUCCACUCCUCCCUGGCCCCUCUUUAAACCUAGGUGUCCUUGGGGAAAAUGGUAUAAAAGUAUUAAAGUAUUCUUUUCAUCUGCUUUUAUGAUGUGGGGACAUUUCCAGUACCUACUUUUUUUUUUUUUUUUUGCUGAAUCCAAAGAUAUAUAAAUAAAAAUGUAUUUUAUGAAGAUCCAAAUGAUAUUAAGGAAACAGGUUUCUUCAAAAAUAAAUGAAGCUGUACUGUUGCUGUUGGUAUCAGAACGCUUUCUCUCUAAACUGUGCCCCUGUCAUUAACAGGCCUACCCAGUUCAUCAGCAUUUAGAUGCUGAGGUGAGUCGGGGGCCGGAGGCAGUGGGUACUAGGGCAGAUAAUUGGCUUGCUUCAGGGGUAGAUGCAGCUGGACCGCGCAGAGAGUUUUCAGUUGACAACAUGCCAGUCCAGUCCCUUUCUAUCUGCAGCAGAGUGGCCAUGGGUUCUGUUCCUAACUAGGUGAGCUCGAAUCUGGCCCUGCCAUGAAGCAACAGGUGUUUUUACCUCCAGUGCAGGCGAUUAAAAACAGGGCGGUGUUUUGUUUUUCUCUUGCCUCCUCCCUUUUUCUCUUCUUUUGAAAAUACGGAGUUCUGAAGAAGAUGGAAAUGUCACCCCAAGAGCAGUAAAUUCUCAGGAACUGACCGACACCACUGAGAACACAUUUGGGGUUAAUUGUGUUUAUAUAAGUGUCACUUAAGAUGGUGUCAUUCUUUACACCGCAAGGAAUGGAAACCAUUCGGUGACUCAGUUGGAUGAGCUUUGGAUGCCUUGCCGACUGUGAGGUCUGGAUGCUCUUGUAAAUAAAGGUUUCUAUUUAAGCCUC